ACCAAUGAAUAAUAUACUAAUACUACCAUAAAUACAAAUUCUGGUAGUAUUGUCUACCAUCCCCCAUUCAAGCUGAAUACCGUGAAACGAGAGAAAGCUUGGAAACCAUAGAUAUGUAGCGAGGAGAUGGAAGCGCUUUUGUUAGGAUGUCGGCUAACUGUUUUCGUGGAUGAUAUCGUGCUUAUCGAUGACACACGUGAGGGACUAAAUGAUAAGUUGGAACGAUGGCGCCAUGCCCUUGAGACUAAAGGAUUCAGAAUAAGUAGGAACAAGACUGAAUACAUGGAAUGUCGUUUCAGCAGCCGGGAAACAGAAUCAGAAGUGGAAGUUAGGAUUGACUCUCACAUAGUACCUAAGGCCAAAUGGCGGUUGGCCUCAGGAGUGUUGUGUGACCCGAAGAUUUCACCCAGGAUGAAAGGUAAGUUCUACCGAUCUGUAGUCAGACCUGCUAUGUUAUGCGGGGCAGAGUGUUGGGCGGUUAAGAAGACUCAUGUGCGUCGUCUGCAUGUGGCGGAGAUGCGGAUGUUACGAUGGAUGUGUGGGAAGACAAGGUUGGAUAGGAUUUCGAACGAAGAUAUUCGAUGUCAGGUAGGCAUGGCGCCUGUGGAAGAUAAGUUGCGGGAAGCGAGGUUGAGAUGGUUUGGGCAUGUGAGACGUCGGGAUGCUGAUGCCCCUGUACAGAGGUGCGAGAGGAUCACGGUUAUCGGGGGAAGGGGUAGACCUAGAAAGAAUUGGAAGGAGGUGAUUAGGCAGGAUUUAGGACUUCUCACCCUGACUGAGGAUAUGGCUUUAGAUAGGAACCUUUGGCGGAUUAGGAUUAAAGUAGCUGGUUGAGCCGGGGGUCUCUUGGAAACAGCCUCCCUACUUCCGAGUAGGGGCAAGAGCAACGACGUCGACGUGGAGGCAGGUGAGCCCGCGACCUCUCGAGGUCCGGAUAAAGGUAAAAAAAAAUAUAAAUCAGAGUUAUUUGUUUAUCAUUUUGACAAAGAAACAAAAGAUGGCGUAGUUUAUGGAACUUGUAAACAUUGUGGGACCGUCAUAAAAAUGGGAGUCUCCGGCGGUUAUGGCGAUCCAGAAAAACACCUAAGGUCGAGGCAUCCCGUGGAGUUUGCCAAAUACGAGGCAAAAAAGAAGGGACGACAAGAAGUGCAAACCCAAAUUUCUCGGUUUGCUAACAGAGGUAAGGGCGGCCUUUUUGCUUAUAGCGACGAGCAAAAUAAGCAAAAAAUGGCCGAAAUGAUUUGUGAAGAAAAUUUGCCAUACAUGUUUUCUGAAAAACUUGGAUUUAUUGAUUAUUGUCAACAGGCAUUAAACCCUCAAGCACGAGGUUUUUCAAGAAAAACAAUUAAACGAGAAAUUAUUCGUCAGUAUAAAA